UACAGCUGCGGUGGCAGGUGGCUUGGACUCUGUUUUGCCGGAAAGUCGCGCAUCCCACAGAAGAACACAAAGCAUCACUCCGUCCCCCAUUGACUCUGCCCAAUGAGAAAAGAGAGGCAAGAGAGCUGUCAACGUUUUUUUUCAGCCUCUCACCCCUUGUCCCCCCACCCCGCAGUUUUACAGUUUCUUCAGUCCAGCGCUUCAGUUUAUCUCACUCACGGGCUGAUAACGGUAAGGGGCUAUUCUAUGAAAAAACACGCCGUUUGAGAAAAGACCCGGAGGAGUCCCUUUUUGUUCUUCGACUGAAGGAGCAAUACCUAAUAUUACCGAAUUCACAUUUCAUCCAAGUGGGGAGUAUUGUGUGUUUUUCUUUUUCUUUUUCUUCAUAGAAGAUGAAAUUUCAAUGAAGCGAAUUUGACUUCCAGUGCUCGCCCCCGUGGCUUGGAUUAUUUUAGCUCCAGUUCUGUCACAGCAAUUGCUGAAUUUUUAGGUGGAAUACAUUUGGCCAUGGCCUGGUGAAUUUGGCAUGGCCAUAUGUGAAAUUUAUACAUUAAACAAAUACCGCAGCAUCACAACCCUGGUGGAAAAAUUCACCUGAACAAGUAUGCGUGGUUUCAGCACUGCCCAGCUCUGAGAAAAAGUACUACUGGACUUUCUUUUGCAUUCCCAUCUGUCUACUUGGGGGGGAAAAAAACAAUGUUUGGUUUAAGCAAAGUUCAGGGUUCUUCCCGGAUUUACAGCAAACCCAGGGGUUCCACGGGAGCCCCAGGAUUAAGGCAUCUGUCCAGGACCGGGGCACCUUCUUCAGAGGGCUCAAAUGCCACCUCUAGGCUAUACGUUGCCUUUAUCAUACUCCUUCUCAUGCUAACCCCCAGAGUGGAUUCUUCAUGGUGGUACAUCGGUGCCCUGGGGGCGAGGGUCAUCUGCGACAACAUCCCCGGCCUGGUCAACAAGCAGAGGCAGCUGUGCCAGAAGCACCCGGACAUCAUGCAGUCCAUCGGCGAGGGAGCCAAGGAGUGGAUCAGGGAGUGCCAGCACCAGUUCCGCCACCACCGCUGGAACUGCAGCACGCUCGACCGCGACCACACCGUCUUCGGCCGGGUCAUGCUGCGCAGUAAGUGCAGCCGCGAAGCCGCGUUCGUGUACGCCAUCUCCUCAGCCGGAGUGGUCUAUGCCAUUACCAGGGCCUGCAGCCAGGGGGAGCUCAAGACGUGCAACUGCGACCCCCACAAGAGGGGCCGGGCCAGAGACGACAGGGGGGACUUCGACUGGGGCGGCUGCAGCGACAACAUCAACUACGGCAUCAAGUUCGCCAAGGCCUUUGUGGACGCCAAGGAGAAGACGGUCAAGGACGCGCGGGCGCUCAUGAACCUGCACAACAACCGCUGCGGGAGGAUGGCGGUGAAGCGCUUUAUGAAGCUGGAGUGUAAAUGUCAUGGGGUCAGUGGCUCCUGCACACUUAGGACUUGUUGGUUGGCCAUGUCCGACUUCAGGAAGACCGGAGACUACCUCCGCAAGAAGUACAACGGAGCCAUCGAGGUCACCAUGAACCAGGACGGCACAGGCUUCACAGUCAGCAACAAGGACUUCAGGAAGGCCACUAAGAACGAGCUGGUGUACUUUGAGAAUUCGCCUGAUUACUGCCUCAUGGACAAAGCUGCAGGUUCCUUGGGCACUGCCGGGCGCGUGUGCAACAAGUCGUCGCGCGGGACGGACAGCUGUGAGGUCAUGUGCUGUGGGCGGGGCUACGACACCACGCGCGUGAAGCGCGUCACCAAGUGCGAGUGCAAGUUCAAGUGGUGCUGCGCGGUGGAGUGCAAGGACUGCGAGGAGACGGUGGACAUCCACACCUGCAAGGCCCCCCCGCGCUCCGAACGGGGGCACCAGACCUGAGGGGCGGGCCCGGCCUUUGCCCCGCCCCUUCCUCAGGACUUCCUGUGGUCCAUGGCGUUCUGGGAUAUAGAGUCUAUCCCUCGUAUCCACUGAUCCCACCCUUCUCUCCGUUCCGUUGCAUGGCUUUUUAAUUUCACUGUCUCAGCAAAACAAAAAAAAGCACUAAAACUAAACUCAAUUUCCCAUGAGCACCUAGCACAAAAUGCUCAGUAAAUUUCCCCAUUACCUUUAUUUUGGAACAGGGCUGUAAGGCUGCUAUUGUUUGCUUUUAACUGUGAACCUGUUGUGUUGUUGUGUGUGUGUUUUUUUUGUUGAUGCUGAUGAUGGGAGGGGGGAGUAUUUCAUUUGAGUUUUUUGUGGGGAAAAAAGGUGUGCUGCUUUUAAUAUACUUUUCAGGACAUAUUUUCUAAAAUUACAGAAAACUCAUUUUGAGCAUUUACAGUCAUACAAUCUUUCUGUAUUCACGCCAUUUACAUUUUUGGGGGAGGAGAGGGACUGCUGAUUUGUGCACCAGAAAGUAUAACCAUGCCCUCUUUACCCGAUAAGUUUUGUCUGACGUUGAAACGUCACCUCCACUGGGCUCGACUCUUCUGGUCUGGUUGCGCGUGACUUUGGCAAGGCAUUGGCACUCAUAGGCAAAAGCAGUGGACUGAAGAAGCAGGAUUCUCCCUGACGGCUGGAGUGACACUCGGCAUUUGGACAUUGCUCUGAGCAAUCCCUGCCUUCUCCCCACUAAACUGAUAAUGUGGACGAUGAAUGGUUGUUUUAUUUAAAGCAAAGAAGAAAUAAAGAUGAACCUGCACUAUGGACAUUAGCUAAAGCAUGAGCAAACAUAAAUACAUUUAUACAUAUUUGUUUAUGAAUUAUGAGAAGAAAAUUACUGAUGUGGACUGCGGAGGCAGAAAGAGUGAAUCCGCCAAAAAAAAAGAGAAAAAAUCUUCCUCUCCACUUCAAGGGAUGACUUUGACAGGGAUUCCAGAGGUGGGAAUGACGCCAGUGGACUUCUCUGUUCUACAGCUUGCUUGUGUAUCUUGUGUAUACUGUUUCAUUAUUUUAAAAACAGAAGUUCAUAUAAAUAUAUGGUAUUAGUAUGUCAGAA